GGCAGAGCGUGUAGACAGAUAUAAAGACAUCUGGUCACUUCCAGGGUUGGGCUUCUCUCUCUCUCUCUUUCUCUCUCUCUUUCUCUCUCUCUCUCCCUCUCUCUCGCACACACACACUCUUGGUCUUUGCCGGUAACAUACACAGCAGCAGUUUACAGUUUACAUCCGCUCAAGAUUAACUCGGUGGUGAUCCAGUUCUGCCAACAGAAAGAAUCAAAUAAGGUUUACGAGUGUCAUUGGUUACACAGUUUCAACGAAGUAAGCUGCAAUGUUUUACUUCCAUUGUCCUCCACAAUUAGACGGGGAAUGUUGCCGGACUAAUACCUUAAACACCAGCGGUUUCGCAAACCACGCCACGGGGGACUUCGAUGACGGUUUCCUACGUAGGAAACAACGGAGAAACAGGACAACAUUUACUUUACAGCAGUUAGAAGCAUUAGAAGCAGUAUUUGCACAGACACACUACCCCGAUGUUUUCACGAGAGAAGAGUUGGCGAUGAAAAUCAACCUCACAGAAGCAAGAGUCCAGGUGUGGUUCCAGAAUAGGAGGGCCAAAUGGAGGAAGACCGAAAGAGGCAGUUCGGACCAAGAUGGGGGUAAGGAACAGUUGAAUGACGGCACACCCCCUGUUAGAAAUUUGAAUUCACCUUCCCCAAUCGACCAGGCUAGGAAUAAAAAGGAGCAUUUGGAGAUACAACAAAGUUUAAACAGGUCACUUGGUCCCGGUGGUCCGUUCUUCCAGUCCUGCUUGCCUGGAACACUUCUCAAUACAGCUACAUAUGCUCAAGCGCUUUCCCAAGUUGCUACCUUAAAAGCGAGCCCACUCUGUUCUUGCUGUGUCCCAGACCCAAUGGGCCUUUCCUUCUUGCCCACGUAUGGAUGCCAGAGUAACCGCACAGCCAGUGUGGCAGCACUGCGGAUGAAAGCACGGGAACACUCUGAAGCUGUGCUUCAAUCAGCCAACCUCCUCCCUUCCACAAGCAGCAGCCCUGCCCCAGCAACCAAGCAACCCACGCAGGAAAACAGCCCUGACAAGUCAAACUGCUCCAAGGAACAGCUAGAAAAGACAAGAAACUUGUGAGAGAUGCAAUCCAUGUAUCAGAACAUUAAGAUGCAUCAAAUUUACUCUGGAUAAAAAAGAACCCUACUGCCUCUACAUUUGUACAGAUGCUUUGCCGUCAAUCCCUACUAAAUUAAAAGAAGAUUUACACCCAGGGAUUAUUUUCACCUUCCCCAACAAACUAAAAGAUCAUUUAUUUAUUUAUUUAUUUAUUUGUUUAUUUAUAUGUAUUAAAUCAAUGCAUUCUCUAAAUUAGGACACAUUUAUUUUUUUAAUGUACAAGUACUUUUCAUAAUAGAGCAUUUUCUCAUGUUUGAUCUAAAGCAAAAUAUGAGGAAUUAAUAUUGUUUUAAGGUGUAAAACAAAAUGCUCUGACAGCUAAGGGUGCAGUCUUCCACUAUGUGCUGGUGUGCUAACCUUUAUAAAGAGACAUAUGGUCAACAUAUUAUACUGACAAGUGCAAAAGAAAGACUAAAGUAGCAUAUCACCUUUGGAUAUCAGUCUGAUAUAAACUAUACAGCUACUGUUACCCGUAACCUUUCAGUGAGAAAACAAUGUAAUGUUUCUAUGUUUUUUAUUUUGUUUCUUGUAUGCCGUAAUUCCGAUUCUGUUAUUUAAAAUGCAUCUGUAAUGUGCCAAGAAUGCAGUGUAUACAAACAUGUGGCUGUAUUUCUUUUAAAUACAGUGAAUGCUUUUUUUUCCAGGCAGAAGCUUAAAUCUAAUAUAAAAUAUUUCUGAUACAAAUCUGAGUAGAAAGGUGAACAGAAAAAUGACAUAUCAUUACCUAUUCCUGUGCUUGUAUGUUGUAUUAUAUAAUGAUUAUAGAGAGAAACAUUAACGUAACAAUAUAAAUCUCUAGUAGCCUAUUGCUUGAGCCAUCUGGCUCUUAUUAAUAAUUUACGUUCCUGUACAACUGGAGAAAACGUCAAGAAACAAACAAUGGUUGGUUCCAUAAUUUAUUUACUUUUAGGAACUCCACUGCCUUUUAAAAAUUGUUACAUUGCCAUUUAUUGUUCCCUUUCAUUACUGAAUCAUACUUUUUGUUACAAUAAAAUUAUUCAGAGCUGUAAAAUUACAAUUCGUGAACUAGGGUUCAUGUACACUAACGCUUCAUAACUAGGGUUCAUGUACACUUGUACACUAACGCUUCAUAACUAGGGUUCAUGUACACUUGUACACUAACUCUUCAUAACUAGGGUUCAUGUACACUAACGCUUCAUAAUUAGGGUUCAUGUACACUUGUACACUAAUGCUUCAUAACUAGGGUUCAUGUACUCUAACGCUUCAUAACUAGGGUUCAUGUACACUAACGCUUCAUAACUAGGGUUCAUGUACACUUGUACACUAACGCUUCAUAACUAGGGUUCAUGUACACUAACGCUUCAUAACUAGGGUUCAUGUACACUUGUACACUAACGCUUCAUAACUAGGGUUCAUGUACACUUGUACACUAACUCUUCAUAACUAGGGUUCAUGUACACUAAUGCUUCAUAACUAGGGUUCAUGUACACUAACGCUUCAUAACUAGGGUUCAUGUACACUUGUACACUAACGCUUCAUAACUAGGGUUCAUGUACACUUGUACACUAACUCUUCAUAACUAGGGUUCAUGUACGCUAACGCUUCAUAACUAGGGUUCAUGUACACUUGUACACUAACGCUUCAUAACUAGGGUUCAUGUACACUUGUACACUAACGCUUCAUAACUAGGGUUCAUGUACGCUAACGCUUCAUAACUAGGGUUCAUGUACGCUAACGCUUCAUAACUAGGGUUCAUGUACACUUGUACACUAACGCUUCUUUCUAACUGUUUGAUUACAUUCUUGUUUCCUCCAGAAAGGUACAUAAAUAAGAGAACUGUUCAGCAAAUUAAGAAUACUUAACAGCAUUGCAUCUGUAAAGUAGUUAGGCUGAUUAAAUUUUGCAUCCUUGAGGACUUUCAGGAAAUUACUUUUGAUUGUCAAAAUCACAAUUAAGUAAACUACACGCACAUUAGCAUGAAUAAUUGAUAAGGAAUUAUGUAUUACCACGAAGUAGCGAUUUAAUAAUUCAUGAUGCGACACCCUAGUGGAUGUGCAGAACUAGAUAACGUCAAAAGUCUUGCCUGGUAUCGCUGGGAGCACUGUGCAAAUGCAGAUGCUAUAUUGUUUGGUUGUGUAUAAAAACUAUGUGACGCAUGAUGUGGAUUUUUUUUUGUACAAAUCAUAUUAAUAAAACGAAGGAUUCAGAUAAAUUAAAGGGGUCUUUAUUUGGAAUACUAAAGCUCCGACAUUUCAUGUUCUAACUACAUAUAUACUGAUGCGCAAUGAAAACGAAACAGUCUAAGUUUUACAUCAAUAGCUCAUUAGGCACAUACAUAAUGUUAUUUACAUUUUAAAUAGUGAGCAGAUAGGUUUAUUGAUUAUUUAAGUAGUAUUGUUCCUUGGGAUAACAAAAUACUGAGCUCAAGUCAUGUGAUUUCAUAAAAAUGCCAGGUGCUCAGUGUUUGGUAUUUAAGUUGAGUUAAAAUUGCCAAAAUAUGUUGAUUAAGAAUCUGUAUAA